CACCCUCUUACAACACUUACCAGGAAGAAACUGACUUGUUUCUCUUUCUGUAUUAUUUACUCUGUAUUCAUUUUCUUGGCAAGAAUCAAAAAUGAAUCAGAAUUCAGCGAAGAAUGAAGAAAAGUACUUUCAGGGUGGAUUUUUGAGAAGUUUGUUUCUAAACAGACAGCAGAUCUUUAUGAUUCUCAUGGUUAUUCAUUUUUUAAACCAUUAAUCAGUAAGUGAAAGUAAAGUUCAGAUCACUGGAGAUCAAAUGAGAGAAAUGGAUUCACUCUCUGUGAAGGAACUUUCUUGUCCUGUAUGCUGUGAAAUCUUCAAGGAUCCUGUUGUUUUAUCAUGUAGUCACAGUGUCUGUAAAGAGUGUCUUCAACAGUUCUGGAGAACUAAAGAAACUCAGGAGUGUCCUGUCUGCAGGAGAAGAUCCUCAAGAGAUGAUCCUCCAUGUAAUCUAGUGUUAAAAAACGUAUGUGAGUCGCUCCUGAAGGAGAAGAAAGAGAGGCAUUCAUCAGAGUCUGAGGAGCUCUGCAGUCUACACAGUGAGAAACUCAAGCUCUUCUGUCUGGAGGACAAACAGCCGGUGUGUUUAGUGUGCAGAGAUUCAGAGAAACACAUCAAUCACACAUUCAGACCCAUCGGGGAAGUUGUUCCAUCAUAUAAGGAGAAUCUCAGUACAGCACUAAAGUCCUUACUAGGCAAAGUUACAGACAAAAAAAAUAUUGUAAGAGAGUUUGAGAAAACAGUUAAACACAUUAAGUCUCAAGCUGAUCACACAGAGCGUCAGAUUAUACAGCAGUUUGAGAAGCUUCAUCAGUUUCUCAGAGAUGAAGAAGAAGCUACAAUCACUGCACUGAGAGAGGAAGAGGAGCAGAAGAAGCAGAUGAUGAAGGAGAAGCUGGAGGAGAUCAACUCACACAUCUCAGCUCUUUCACACACAAUCAAAGACAUGGAGGAGAUGAUGAAAGACAGUGACGUCUGCUUUCUGAAGAAGUUUCCAGUCUCGAUGGAAAGAGUCCAGAUCUCAUCACAGCCGGAUCCACAGACUCCUUCUGGAGCUCUGAUUCAUGUGCCACGAUACUUGGGAAACCUGCCCUUCAGAGUCUGGAAGAAGAUGCAGGACAUCGUCCAGAACACUCCUGUGAUUCUGGAUCCAAACACUGCGAAUCCAGAUCUCGUCCUGUCCGAUGAUCUGACCAGUCUGAGAUGGAGCGAGUACACUAAACCUCUUCCUGAUAAUCCAGAGAGAUUUGAGAUCUAUCGCUGUGUCCUGGGUUCAGAGGGGUUUAACUCAGGAACACACUGCUGGGAUGUGGAGGUUAAAGAGAGCUCAUCCUGGGGUCUUGGAGUAACUACAGCAUCGAACCAGAGGAAGGGAGAGGAUUUCUUUAACACUGAUGUCUGCUGUGUGCAGUACAGACUGUAUAAAUGGUCUGGUUUUCCUGUCAAACAGAAGCUUGAGCGUGUGAGAGUGUAUCUGGACUAUGACAGAGGAACAGUGUCAUUCUCUGAUCCUGUAACUAACACACAUCUACACACAUUCACAACCACCUUCACUAAAACAGUCUUUCCGUUCUUUCAUAGUUAUUCUCACAUGAGGAUCUUACCGCUCAAUAGUUAAUAGCCUAAAUGUUACACCUGUAGGUCUGCAUCUUCCUGCUUUCAUCAUGUUUCUAAUAUUUAAUCCAUAUCACAUGAGUAAGAGUGCUGUUGAUCUGAAUAUUAGUACAACUAUGAUUGGGCUGCAGCUGGUAACACACUGUAAAAAAUAUUACAUGCUAUCUGCUAAAAUUAUGGUAACUAUAUUACACAUAUUAUAUUUGAGUAGAUUUUAAGGUUGUUGUUUUUUUUAGUGAAAUUUACCCAAAUAAAUUAAGUAAAAAUUCCUAAAUUAUUUAGUCUGUGGCACUAUAAAUUUAAUAUAAUUAGGGGAAUGUGCUCAUUUAUUUUAAGUUUAUUCUCAAAAGUCUGUGGUUUUAAAUGAGAUCUGUUUGUAUUUUGUUAUUUUAUACAUUUACAAGACUGUAUACAGCCAAUCAGCUCAAAUAGGAAAAUACUUGAGAAAUACUGGAAAGUACUGCACUAGCAAGGCUACUGUUCAUUAAACAAGGUUAUAGUACCUUGAGUAUUACUACAAGAGUAGUAUCCAUAGUACUAUAAGAGUAGUAUCCAUAACUACAAGCUCUACUCUUCUGCACAGUGGUAACGAUUGCACUGUGCAAUGGAAACUUCAAUGUUACAGAAACUCUUACAAAUGUCAAAUGUAACUGAACAUUAAACAUUAAUAGAUGCUUCCCUUCACUCAAAAACAUAAAGUAGCAUUUAAUUUAAAAAUUUACUCUCCAUAUCCAGCCAUAUGCAAAGCAUGCUGGGAACUAACAAUCACCUCUAAAAUAAAACUGCAAAAUUGAGCUAAUUCACUUAAAUUAAAUAGGCAGCCUUCUUUCCUUAAUUAUUUUAGUUUAAUCAGUUCCCCAAUUCAAGCACCAAAACUGCUUAAGUCUCCAAAAAAAAAAAAAAUGAGGAAAAUGCAUCUCUUGGUUUUAUUAGUAAAAAGUCCUCAUUAUUUUCUAUACAACACUGAAUCACAAUUUCUUUAAGGAAAUCCACACAUUAUUUUUAAUUAUCACCUUAAUUUUUUUGAUGAAAAUUACAAGACACAUGAUUCAUUUUUUACAGUGCAUGUCCGCUCUACAGAUGCUGACAAAUUGCUUUCAACAGAUCAGAUGGUUAAAAUCAAGUAAAUUAACUAUUUUUAAGUGUUAUUUUUGUUUCAAAUUAAGGCAAAGUGUGAUUAAGCAUUGAAAAUGGGGGGGGGGGGUGUUGUAUGCUUAUGCUUUUAGAUUGAUUCAUUGGUGUGCAAAACGGUUCAAAAUCAUGUGUUGUUCUUUAGUAGUCAAUUGUUCUGUGAAGCUUGUAAUGUACCAACAAACAUUGCACAAUAAAUAAACAUGGAUAUAAA